AUGGCUGAUAAAGAAACUGCGCCGGUUCAGGCAACCCAGCAAGUCAAUGCUGAUGAAAAGUAUGAGACAAAAGAAGUCGCCAAUGAUGCUGUACUAGACACGAAGGCUGGCUCAGACAGCCUCGAUGCCGAGAAGGGCGAGGGUUUCGAGACUCCAGGCGGCGAAGAGCCAACCGAGAGCGAAAAAUUCAACCUCAGACACAUUGGUGAAAGUCUGCCACUAUCGGCAUGGCUGGUCGCCGUUGUUGAGCUCUGCGAGCGUUUCACCUACUAUGGAAUGAACGGCUUGUUCCAAAACUACAUCCAGCGUCCAUUCGAUGGUAGCCAGGGACGUGGUGCUCUCGGUCUCGGCCAUCAGGGUGCUACUGGAUUGACCACCUUCUUCCAGUUCUGGUGUUAUGUUACCCCAAUCUUCGGUGCCAUUGUUGCUGAUCAGUACCUCGGAAAGUACAAGGCCAUCCUUUACUUCUGCUUCGUCUACAUGGCUGGUCUCGUCAUCCUCGUUGCUACCUCUGUACACAGCUCUCUCGAACAUGGAGCCGGACUUGGUGGAUUCAUUGCAUCCAUCAUCAUCAUCGGUAUCGGCACUGGUGGUAUCAAGUCCAACGUCGCCCCUCUAAUUGCUGAUCAGUACAAGCGCCGUGUGCCCGCCGUUUCCACCCUCAGCACCGGUGAGCGUGUCAUCAUUGAUCCAGCCAUCACCAUCCAGAGAAUCUAUAUGAUCUUCUACGCCUGUAUCAACAUCGGCUCUCUCUCUCUGCUCGCCACUCCAUACAUGGAGCUGUAUGUUGGCUUCUGGUCCGCAUACUUGCUCUGCCUGUGUGUCUUCGUUGUCGGAACUGUCACCCUCAUCCUCGGACGCAAGGCAUACGUUGUUCGUCCUCCAACUGGCUCCAUCAUCACCAAUGCCUUCCGCGCUCUCUGGAUCAUGGUCACCAACAGAAACAUGGAUGCUGCCAAGCCAUCAUACCAAGCUGAGCACGGUAACCGCCGCAGCGUCCAGUGGGACGACCAGUUCGUUGAUGAGCUCAAGCGUGCUCUCAUUGCCUGCAAGGUCUUCGCCUUCUACCCAAUCUACUGGGUCGUGUACAACCAGUUCUCCGGUAACUUCGUUUCCCAGGCUGGUCAAAUGGAGGGCCACGGCAUCCCCAACGAUCUCAUGCAGAACUUUGACCCAAUCGCCAUUCUCAUCUUCAUCCCUAUCCUCGACCGUAUCGUCUACCCCAUCAUGCAGAAGCUUCACAUCCCCUUCCCGCCAAUCUCACGUAUCUCUGUCGGUUUCAUCAUCGCCUCUCUCGCCAUGGCAUACGCUGCUAUCGUGCAGACCCUCAUCUACAACGCCGGACCAUGCUUCGAGCACCCGCUCGCAUGUCCUGAGGGUAUUGUCGAUGGUGUUGCCCAGGGCAACCACGUCCACAUCGCCAUCCAAACGCCUGCAUACAUGCUCAUUGGUAUUUCCGAGAUUUUCGCCUCCGUGUCUGGUCUCGAGUACGCCUACACCAAGGCCCCAGUGUCCAUGAAGUCUUUCGUCCAGUCUAUGUAUCUGCUCACCAACGCCUUCGGAUCUGCCAUCGGUGAGGCUCUUAUCCCCGUUGCCUAUGACCCAGCCAUCCGAUGGAUGUUCGUCGGUCUUGCCUGUGCCUCCUUCGCCACCGGUAUCAUCUUCUUCUUCAUCUUCCGCGGCUUGAACGCGAAGGAAGAGGAGUUGAACAGAAUGGACAAGGACGAGAGUUAG